GUGACGUAAAAUUUCGGCAAUACUUGGUAAGUUUCCUUGACCGUAUGGUAGAGCGUCAUUGUUCGCCGCCAUUUUGGAUGACCGAUGACUCAGUCAUUCAUCGUUCAUUCCGCACACGUGCCCCGAAUAGUGUCGCCCGAUUGUAGGUUACGUGUAAACUUUGUGAUUAAAAGUUUUAAGCAACACAUCUGCGUUUUAAUUCAAAUAACGUUAUUUUAUAGAACAUAACGUUUAGUAUUUAUUAAGCGGAGAGAAGCGUGAAUAAUAAGUGCAUACUUACUCAACAAAGAAAUGUUUGCUAAAAAAGGUACAACACACAGUGGAUACGAUGCGCCGCUGAUCCAGCCAGUAAUAGAGGUGGUCAUACAGGCUGAGACGGAGUCGGCAGCGAUGCUCGCCGUCUUGCCUUUGCGAUGGCUCGACAGAAUCAAACAUGGCGGACUCGCGAACCAGUUCUUCAUGGCUUUAAUGGUGACUAUACCGGUGUUAAACUUCGGCAUGCUGAUGGGAUGGCAGUCUCCAAUGACACCAAUCCUUCAGGACCCUGGCGGCCCCGCACCGGAGCCCAUUACAGAUGAAACUAUAUCCUGGAUGGCUUCUAUUACAUUCUUCCCGCCGAUCUUUUGUGGCUUUCUAGUGGGGGAUCUCGCUGAUAGAUGGGGUAGAAAGUUGACGACAUUGCUGACCUCACUUAUGCUUGUGAUUAGUUGGGUUAUAACCUUAAUCUCACUGCGGCCGUGGGCUCUGAUAGCGUCGCGCGCUGUCGCGGGACUGGCGUGUGCCGGCUGUUACGUCGUCACACCGCUAUAUUUGAAAGAGAUAGCGUCAGACAACGUGCGAGGUGCGUUGGGGUCUCUCUUCAUCCUGUCACAGAACCUGGGCUACCUUGUGGUCUACGUGGCGGGGGAUGUGCUGUCCUUCACUGCAGUUAUGUGGCUCUGUACAGCAGUGCCGGUGAUCCAUAUGAUAGCUUUCUUCGCUAUGCCAGAAACGCCGGUGUUCCUUGUUAAACAGGGAAAAUUUAAGGAAGCAAGAGCCGCUUUAGCAUGGUUAAGAAAUACGAGCGUAGAAGAUAAGAAUUUAGAAGAAGCAGUACAACAGUUGGAGAGAGAAGAAGAGGUUGCUAAAUCUAUGAAGAAAGCCAGUUGGAAGAGUUUAGUGCAAAAUAAGACGACAUUCAAAGCAUUCCGGAUCUCACUCAACGUGAUGCUGUCGCAAGAGACGUGCGGGUACCUAGUAGUGUUAAUGUACGCGGGGUCCAUUUUUGAACAGGCUUCGGAAUCUAUCAGUUUAAAACUUAGCCCCAACAAACAGACUAUCGUAGUAGGCGUUAUACAGCUACUGGGAUCGAUCGUAGCUAGCUGUAUUGUGGAGAAAACUGGAAGGAAGUGGCUGCUAGCAAGUACAUCAUUCAUGACUGGUCUGUCAAUGCUGGCGCUUGGCGCUUGGUUCUACGUGACGUCAUUGUCGGUGUGGCUGCCGGGCUGGUUGCCGGUGCUAGCGAUGUGUCUCUGCAUCUUCGCGGACGCGGCCGGCUACCAGCCAGUGCCAUACGUCAUCACAUCUGAGCUGUUCUCUUUCCAGCACCGUGGAAUGGUGACGUCAUUCGUUAGUAGUGUGGAUGCUCUUAGUGACUUCCUACAAACCAAGGCGUAUGACCCUCUUCUAAAAUUGCUCGGCAUCCAUUGGGUGUUCAUCAUGUUUUCUAUGGUCUGCUUCCUUGGUACAUUCUACACAGUUCUCUAUGUACCAGAGACAAAAGAUAGAACCAUAGAGGAGAUCUACGCUAUUCUAGAAAGAAAGAAGAAGAAGAGGAAAGACCCGGAAGCAGGAAAGCAAACUAGCAGACUUUAAAUUAAUUGACUUUUUUUUAAAUUUAGAUUGAC